AUGUGUGGCAGAGCGCGUUGCACUCUCAGAGCCGAUGACAUCCCCAGGGCAUGCUACCGCACUGACGGCCCCGUCCGCUCCGUCAAUUUGGACCGGUACCGUCCAUCCUACAAUGUGUCACCGGGAUCGAAUUUGCCGGUUGUGCGUCCAGAAAACGGUGGGGAUGGUUAUGCUAUCCACUGUAUGCAGUGGGGAUUAAUUCCUAGUUUCACUAAGAAAACUGAGAAACCAGAUUUCUACAGGAUGUUCAACGCUCGAUCUGAAGCGGUGAAAGAAAAGGCUUCGUUUCGUCGCUUACUUCCUAAAAGUCGGUGUCUUGUCACUGUAGAAGGAUUCUAUGAGUGGAAAAAAGAUGGGUCAAAAAAGCAGCCCUACUACAUUCAUUUCAAGGAUGGUCGGCCUCUCGUGUUUGCUGCUCUUUAUGAUUCAUGGCAGAACUCUGAAGGUAUUGAGACAUCAUGUAUUGUAUGGUACCCAGUGACACCUGCCAUGGGUAAGUCAUCUUUUGACGGACCAGAGUGCAUUAAAGAGAUACAUUUGAAGACGGAAGAAAAGAAUACUAUCUCAAAGUUCUUCUCACGAAAGGAAAUUAAAGAAGAAUCAAAUCUGGAAGAAAGUACUCAUGACAAAUCUGUCAAGUUGGACCUGCCAAGUAGUGUGAAAGAGGAGCAUGAAAGCGAAGAGAAGUUCGAAACUCCAUGCUUCACUAAACCAGUGGACUAUGAUGUGAAAUCAAGUGUAGAAACUUUUUCACAUGAGGGUGAAACGAAGUGCAAAACAAAACGGGACCGCAAGGAGUUAGUUGAUUCAAAGCUAGAUACAGAUGAAAUAAUCAAACUAAGGUCAAGUCCGGCAAAGAAGAAGGCCAAUCUCAAGAGUCGCGAUGAUAAACAACCAACACUCCUUUCAUACUUUGGCAAAAAAUAG